CACUGUACGCUACGAACACAUUUGCGUAACAACAUCGUUAUUUUGUACGUUCUGGGUAUUCAGUUCGCGAUUUUACAAAGGUUAUUUUGUUAUCGCACCUAUAUGUUUCCUUGAAAGUUAAAUCUGUGUGAUUAUCAGUCCUGAUCACGCCGUUAAAAACGACAUCGUCAUACGGAAUUACCGUGUAGACAGACGAGCGUCUCGCGCAACAUGUUGUUUCGCUUUUGAUGUAUGCUACUGGCAUCCAUUCAUUUACAAACAUGCUAUCAAAAGGCUCAUUUUAGACACAUUACACAACCAUCCCGUCCCCCAGCAACCAUGUCCAUGGCCCUAAAACAAGUCUUCAACAAGGACAGAACAUUCCGGCCCAAGCGCAAGUUUGAGCCUGGAACGCAGCGCUUUGAGUUGCACAAGAAAGCACAGGCGUCCCUAAACGCCGGUCUGGACCUGAAGCAGGCCGUGCAGCUGCCGCACGGCGAAGACCUCAAUGACUGGGUGGCCGUUCACGUGGUGGACUUCUUUAACCGCAUCAACCUCAUCUACGGCACCAUCAGCGACUCCUGCACAGACCAGACCUGCCUUAUGUCCGGUGGGCCGAAGUACGAGUACCGCUGGCAGGAUGAGCAAAAGUACAAGAAGCCCACUGCUCUCUCGGCACCCAAAUACAUGAGCCUGCUAAUGGACUGGAUUGAGGUCCAGAUCAACAAUGAGCAGAUCUUCCCCACUAAUGUUGGUACGCCAUUCCCUAAGACCUUCAUGCAGGUAGCAAAGAAAAUCUUGUCUCGUUUGUUCCGAGUCUUUGUCCAUGUCUACAUCCACCACUUUGACCGUGUGAGCCAGAUGGGAGCAGAGGCCCACGUGAACACCUGUUACAAACAUUUCUAUAACUUUGUUACUGAAUUCAGCCUCAUAGACCACAAAGAGCUGGAACCUCUGAAAGAGAUGACAGCACGGAUGUGCCACUGAAAAAGAGAGCGGACCUUUCCAUUCCAGACAGAUCAGAACCAUGCAAAUUUACAAUUUUAAAGCAGAUGAAACAGAAACCAAACUUUCAAAGACUUUAUUUUUAUACGCUUUUAAAGUACUGUAAUAUUCUAUUUAGGGAGAGACAUGUACAUCUCUCUAUAUUCUCAUGUGUAGGCAUAUGGAGAGUAUUUUUAAUAGAAAUCAGUAUUAUCGAUUAUUUUUGUUUUUCCAAAUUUGUCCUGAGACAUUCCUUUUGUUCUGUCGAACUGUUAUAAUCUUUAACAUACAGAUUAUAUUUGACUAUUUAUGUAUGUCGUUGAGAUAUUAAAACCACUUCCUCUUGUCUGUA